UCACUUCUCUCUCCUUCCUUCCUUCCUUCCUCCUCCUCCUCCUCUCUUCUUCCCUCCUCCUCUCUCCCAUAUUCUCCUUCCCCCAUGGCCGAUAAUCAGAAGCAAGAACUCGACGACGAUGACGACUCUCCACCCACCCAUCUCCGUAUCAACGACUCCGAUUCCUCUCGAAUGGACCUUCUUCCUCUUACUCCCAAGCAGGAACAUCCUGACUCCAACCUCCCUCAUGAUCUUCUCACUUUCAACCCGGAUAUCCCUAAAACCCUCUCCUCUCUUCCUCCCAAGAGACCUUCCACCAAGGAUCGCCACACCAAGGUCGAGGGCAGAGGUCGGAGAAUCCGAAUUCCUGCCACCUGUGCCGCCCGUAUCUUCCAGUUGACUCGUGAGCUCGGCCACAAGUCCGACGGCGAAACUAUCCGCUGGCUUCUCGAGCGGGCCGAGCCCGCCAUCAUCGCUGCUACCGGUACUGGUACCAUUCCCGCCAUUGCCAUGUCUGUUAACGGCACUCUCAAAAUUCCCACCACCACAUCCUCCUCUAACCAAGAUUCCGCCGACCCUUCCGCCGUUAAGAAACGUCGUAAGCGCCCCGCUAACAGUGACUACGUUGACGUAAAUGACGCCCUCUCCGUCUCCAUCUCCGCUUCCAACGUCGCCGGUUCCUCCGCCGUCCAACAGGCUUUUCCACCGGGGUUCGUUCCAGUGUGGGCCAUCCCUUCGAACGCCAUAAUUCCCGGGGCUGUUUUCAUGGUUCCAUCCGUAGCAUGCUCUUCCACCCGUCCACAGUUGUUCUCAUUCUCGACUCCGGCGGCACCGCUUAUCAACACGACGGCGCGGCCAAUUUCCGCCUUCCCGUCGAAGGCAGAGACAUCUCACAUUCAAUCGAGCCCCACCAAUCAAAGCUCGAGCACAUCAAGCUCCUCCGCUUCCAAAUCUCAAUCCGUCAUGGCACCGAUAUCGAGCUCGAGCGGAAAAACGACGACGCAGAUGCUUAGAGAUUUCUCGUUGGAGAUAUACGACAAGGAAGAGCUUCAAUUCAUGUCAAGCUCGUCGUCAAAACAUUGAGGAGUAGGAAAGAAGGAAAAGAGAAUAGAUUGGAAAUGAAAUUGGAUUCUGUAUGAGCCUGUGUAGUGUAUCCGCCAUUGGGAAACCAGAAAAGAAAGAUUGGGUGGAAGAAAAAAGGGGGGGUGGAAAGAAGGAGAAAAGUAUGUGUGUGUGUGUGUGUUUCUCCUUGGAAGUGGAGCGGAAGGAAGGGGAAGCACGAGGUGAUCACGUGAUAGACGUGAGGAUCGAAAAGUAAAUGCACGUGUAAGGUGGGGGUGGGGGUGGUGUCUUUCUUUUUAAAAUUUUAAUUUUUGGUGAAGAAGGAGAGGGGACCAGAUGUGGUAGGGAGGUGGGUCAACACUACGGAAAGAGAGAAACUCUUUUGUUUUAAACAUUUGGAAAAGAAAGAUGGGAAGAGGAAGGAGAUGAAGGAGAUGAAGGAGAUGAAGGAGAUGAAGGGCGAAGAAGCAGCAGUGGGGUCCAGGUGAGUGGUGGAAAGGAGCUUUGUGGUGCUCCGUGGACCGCAAAAGACGGGCGUAGGGACCAGUAUUGAAGGUCGAAGUGUGUCAUGUGAUGGAGGUGGGGGAGGUGGGCCCGGGUCCACUUAGAUGUGGGCCAAAGGCGGCCCUUUGGGCCUGCAGGAGGAGCAGCAACAGCAGCAGCAGCAGCAGCAGCAUCAUGUGGUGGUCCCCUCCCCCCACAUCCCAGGUUCAUGUAUGGGUGGAGGAUAAGAGGACACGUGUUCAGAUAGUGGGCCAGCUUAGGGUUAUACACGUGGAUGAAUGAGAUUGGUUUGGUAUCAGAUGCUUUUGUGGAAAAUACAUAGGUGGGUUUGGUUGGUUGGUUCUUUUGGUGUGUGAGAGAGAGAGAGAGAGCGUGUGAUUUUGUAAAUUCAUUCUUUACCUCAAUUCUUCAUAAUCCAUUCAUCAUUACUUACUCUCCCUCACUCCCCACUAUAAACACACACAUAUACUAUAUACCCUUCUUUAUUUUA